UCCCUCUCCAUAAACCUCAACAAUCUCUCUCUCUCUCUCUCACAAGCACACAGAUAACCAGUCAAGAAAUCUGAGUUUUACUGUCUGAAAAACCAUGAAGCAAAAGACUGUUUCCUAUGCACUUCUUCUUCUCUUUGUUUUCCUCUUCACUUCCUCACAGAUUUCUGCAGGCCGUUUCUUGCCAAACAAACAAGGUAAAGAAGAGGAAGUGAAGCUUGAAAAUGGCACCAACACUCAACUAAUCAAGCCAGAAACCACUGAUUCUCUAGAGAAGCUGAUGGGGCUAGAGAAAUGUGAGAGCACAGAUGAAGAAUGCAUGAAGAGAAGGGUGGUUGCAGAGGCUCAUCUGGAUUACAUCUACACUCAACACCAAAACCCCUAGAUGCUGUUUCCCCAAACAUUAUUGUCUAAAAACAAAAGACUAAAUAUGUAGCAGACAAUUUUCAUAAGAAGCUUCAUCAGAGUAAUUAUAUAUUAUUGUGAAAUGGUUGUUUAGCAUUGUAAAAUGUGUCAGCAAUCUAUCCUUCAUGUUUCUUCAGGAAAGAGGCAGCUGCAGCUAGCUAGAGUGAUUAUGUGGUGUUUUCUGCUUAUAUUUCUAGAAAUAGUAUUAAAUACUAGCUAUAUAGGUGCAAGGCUCUAGAUAUGCAGGUAGAGGUUCUUAAAUUCCUUUUAUUAUAAUAAAUCAUAUAUAUAUAUAUAGUGUGUAGGAUUAUCUGUAAAAUGUACUAGGAUUCUAAUAAUUAAUAAUAAUGUACUGUUGUGGUAGCAA